AAUGACAGGUUUAAUUUUUAGCUAAACGACAUAACAUCAUAUAAUCACGUUUCUACUUUAAUGGCCCAGAAACUAUUAACAGAAGGGGACACCAUAUACAUAAAAAGAACCAAUGGUGCACUGCGAAAUGCGAUUGUAACUGUGAUCGAUCACAAUUCGAUGUGCGUAAAGGUAGAAUGGUUUGAAGAUGAAGAAACGAAGGGCAAAGAAAUUCACUUUAAUAACGUAUUAUCGUUAAAUCCUGACAUAUCAAUCAUAAAACCUGUUGCAACUGUUGCUGUGGGCCCUAAUAAGAGCCUAGACAAAUGGCAACGGCACGACAAUGAUAAAAGAAAGAACACUGAUAUCAGAGUUCAAUCAGCUAAAACUAGAUAUACUCAGUCCCAUCUUGAGAACAACUUUAGCGAUCAGCUAAGAAUUGAAGGCAUCGGUUUCAGUAGUGCGCGCAUUACUAAAUCCGUUAUAGAAACUCAGUCAAAACACAAAGAUAAAGGAACUUUGAAAAGGGUUAGCAAACUGGAACAAGACAGGUUAGUUAGAAGGAAAAACCAAGCUGCGGCAAAAGCAGAAAAAACCGAGCUCAUACGUAAAAACCAAAAUAAUCCGCAUUGGGAACUCACAAACAUGAUUCGCCAGUUUAGAAGACAAAUUGAAUUUAAGCCUUUAUCGAGCCAAGAUACCAUUGAAGACCAUCUUAUUACUGUUGCGGUUCGAAAAAGGCCACUAAAUGCAAUAGAAAUUAGCAAAAAAGAGAUUGAUAUAAUCACAGUCCCUAGUAAGAACCAGAUAAUCGUUCAUGAGCCUAAGCAUAAAGUUGAUUUGACAAAAUAUCUUGAAAACCAUAUGUAUAGAUUCGAUUAUACGCUGAACGAAACCAGUUCUAAUCAGAUGGUUUACAAAUAUACGGCGCAACCGCUAAUUAAAACAGUGUUUAAUGGCGGGUUUGCAACUUGUUUUGCGUAUGGACAGACUGGAUCUGGAAAAACAUAUACUAUGAGUGGAAAUUUACAUAGCGAUUCCGACAAAGGCAUUUAUGCUCUCACUGCUAGCGAUAUAUUCAAAAGCGCAAAAUCAGCAAAAUAUCGACACAAGUUCAUAAUUUCUUGCAGUUUUUUUGAAAUCUAUGUGAAGAAAGUAUUUGACUUGUUGAAUAAUAAGGCCGCUCUUAAAAUCCUAGAAGACGAACUACAGCAAGUUCACGUUGUUGGGUUAACUGAGAAAAUAGUGACUUCAGAAGAUGAGGUUUUGAAUUUGGUACUACAGGGAAAUAAGGAACGUGCUUCAGGGCAAACUUCAGCUAAUUCACAGUCAUCCAGGUCGCACGCAAUAUUCCAGUUUUAUAUCCGAAACCAGCUCAAUCCUAAUUCCGUUUAUGGAAAGUUUUCUCUGAUUGAUUUAGCCGGAAAUGAAAGAGGAGCUGACACAUUUUCGUUCUCAAAAACCACACGUCUCGAAGGAUCUGAAAUUAACCAAAGCUUAUUGUCACUUAAAGAGUGCAUUCGAGCACUAGGACGGAAAGACGCACAUCUUCCAUUCAGGGGUUCGAAGCUCACCCAGGUCUUACGAGAUUCUUUUGUAGGAAACAAUUCCAAAACUUGCAUGAUAGCUAUGAUAUCUCCUGGAGUUGGAUCAUGUGAAAAUACUCUAAACACGUUAAGAUAUGCGGACAGAGUAAAAGAAUUAGGUGAUGGCAAUUCAAUACAAAAAUUAGAUAGAAACGCAAAAGACGCAAGAAACAAUUCCAAAACUUGCAUGAUAGCUAUGAUAUCUCCUGGAGUUGGAUCAUGUGAAAAUACUCUAAACACGUUAAGAUAUGCAGACAGAGUAAAAGAAUUAGGUGAUGGCAAUUCAAUACAAAAAUUAGAUAGAAACGCAAAAGACGCAAGCAGAACUUUUGGAACACAGUGUGCCUUAACAAACAGUAUUCAGCCCGCUGCUGAAGAACCAAAAUCAAGAAAAGAUGAGAAACUGCUAAAACACAAUACAGAUUUGAUUACAAUUUUACAAAAAUACACAAAACAAGCGCAAUCUUUGCUGGAAGUAAAAGACGCAGAUGAUGAUACCUAUUAUAUCAACAUGAACAUUGUUGUAACAGAUGCCAUUUCUGAAUUAAUAAAAAUUAAGAAUUUAAUACUCUAUUUUGUAGUUUUGCAAUAGAAC